CAGUAACACAGUAAAGAAGUAGAGAGUAAACCAGCUUCUUCUCCAUAUUAGCGUAGCGGCAAAUCACAAAACGGAAAAGGGCAAACGCAAAAACGUCUCUACUUCACUUCUUCUUCUACUAUACACUUCUAGGUCAGUCGUAACUGUGCGGUGUUCAACACUCUUUACUCAGUCAACGAUGCUGGAGAUUCAGAACGAACCACCACCGGAGCAAACCAUGAAUUUCAUUGGAGAUUCAACUAACUCUCAAUUUCACCAUAACACUUUCCCCAAUCACGCUACCGCUCCGAAUCCGAAUCCUAACUUCUCCAUUCCUCGUCCUCCUCCUCCUCGCAAACGACCUUGGGGAGCUUCUCAAGAUCAUGUUGAUAUUCAUGGUCAUGUUAAACUUUACGUUACACCAGUUCCUAGAACGUUAUCUGAGGAUGAUAUCCGACUUGUGUUCGAAGUAUAUGGAACUAUUGUUGAGGUUGUUCUUUUAUGGGAUAAGGCAACUGGAGCUCGACAAGGAAGUUGUUUGGUGAAAUAUUCAACAAUUAAUGAAGCUGAAAUGGCUAUUAAGGGUUUAAGCAAUCAGUAUACAUUUCCUGGAGAAGCACUUCCUGUUGUUGUCAGAUUUGCUGAUCGUAAACGUGAACGUUUUGCGGUGGAUAAAAUUUAUGUUGGUAACAUAAACAAAGAGGCUUCAACACAGGACAUUGAAGAAAUAUUUUCCCCCUACGGGCAUAUAGAAGAUGUCUAUGUCGUGCGGAAUCGUGGAUAUGGUUUUGUCACAUUUUCUAAUAGAGAGACGGCGUUGGCAGCAAUCAAAGGGUUAAAUAGAACAUUCACAAUGAGAGGUUGUGAUCAACCGUUAAAUGUUCGUUUUGCGGAUCCUAAGAAACCUAAGAUGGGAGAAUCAAGGGGCAACUACUUACCUGCGAAUGCAAAUUACGGUCCCAUUUCUCAAGAACCAGCAGUUUGGCCACUACCAAAUUUUUGUGAUUCUAAUACUGGAGGGACUGUUGCGCAUAUUGCUCCACAUCAUUCCAGACUUCCACACCAGCAAGUUAAUGCUCAUAUGCCUAACUGGGAACCUGGGGCUACUGUUGUACAGCAACCAUUUCUUCCCCAACAUGUAAAUUCACAAUUGGCUUCAAUGCCUUUGCGGCCAAUUCAUCCUCCCAACCUGCCUUCUCAACCAUUUAUUACCAAGGUGCAGAGACAAUUUCAUCCAGCAGAUUUGCCGGUCCAAAAUAUAAAGCAGCAGCUAAGUUCUCAGCUGCCUACUCAGACUGAGCAUAACAAUUUAGUUGCUGUCAGUACCUCGCCUGAUCUGUUAACUAAUCCCAAAGAUGAAGAGUUUCCAGAGUGUGACUGGAGUGAACAUUACUGCCCAGAUGGUAACAAGUACUACUACAAUUGUGUCACUUACGAAAGCCGAUGGGAUAAGCCAGAGGAAUAUGACAAGGAAUCACUGAAACAACACAAGCAAGAUGAUCACAGCACUCCUUGCCCGCAGGAAUCACAGAAGCAACACAAGCAAGAUGGACACAGCAUUCCUUGCCUGCAGGAAUCACAGAAGCAACACAAGCAAGAUAAUCACAUCAUUCCUUGCCCGCAGGAAUCACAGAAGCAACACAAGCAAGAUGAUCACAGCAUUCCAUGCCCGCAGGAAUCACAGAAACAACACAAGCAAGAUGAUCACAGCAUUCCUUGCCUGCAGGAAUCACAGAAGCAACACAAGCAAGAUGAUCACAGCAUUACUUGCCCGCAGGAAUCACAGAAGCAACACAAGCAAGAUGAUCACAACAUUCCUUGCCCGCAGGAAUCACAGAAGCAACACAAGCAAGAUGAUCACAGCAUUCCAUGCCCGCAGGAACCACAGAAGCGACACAACCAAGAUGAUCACAGCAUUCCUUGCUCGCAGUUGUCGUUAUCUUCCUCUCAAGAAGUUUCUCAAAGGCAACAGGAAACAAAUAACGACCACAUGCAGUCAGAAACAAGUCCUGUUGUUGAACAGGUGUGAUUUUAUUGUUCUUGUGAUACUGGAGUCGCAUAUUAUCAACAAUUAUAAUUAUAAUUAGAAAGUGGUCUUCAAAUUGUUACAAAACUGGAGAAUAGUUUUAUAGUAUCUUUAGAAGUAAGUUCUAUUAAGAAAGGGAUAGAUUAUAAUCUAGAUGUUUAGACCGAAAAUUGUCCACAUGGGCUUAGUUUUUGCUUUGGAGGGAAAGAGAAAGUAGAUUGAAACUUCAAUCGGGGUCAAUAUGUCACAAUGGUAGGCCAGAGGGUGCUGUCAAUAUCUUUAUCUUGUACUUGUACUUGUAUCGCUUGUAGCUUAUAAGUGAAAGAAACGUGUGAAGUCGUUCAAAGCUUAACGAGUUUGAUAAGAAAUCUGGCUC